CCUCGACAUUUAUAUAAUCUGCAAUAAGUACCCAUUCCUCUGGUCUUCAACCUAGAAUCUCUGUGUGUCGAUUACUACUUUUACACUUACAUUACUUACUAUAAUAUAUAUAUAUAUAUAUAUAAUCUUACUAUAAAUAUCUUAUCCACUCUUAAGCUUCUUUUCCUAUCAAGAACAUUUUCACUCCCUUUUCUUUCUUGAUUGAAAAAGAAAAAACAAUGGCUUUCCUUAACUUGAGAAAAAAUCAGCUACCAAUAAUUUUAAUCAUUGCUUUGGCUAUGCAGGCCGAGUGGGUAGUUGCUCAAAAUUGUGGUUGUGGUGCAAGUUUAUGUUGUAGCCAAUAUGGGUAUUGUGGCACCGGAGACCCUUACUGCGGCCAAGGGUGCCAACAGGGCCCUUGCUAUGGUGGCGGAGGUAACAAUGGUGGUGGUGCUGGGGCUAGUAACGGUAGUGGAGUUGGUGUUUCAGUGGCGGAUCUUGUUACUAGUGAUUUCUUUAAUCGGAUAACCAGUCGUGAUAGUGGAAACUGUGCUGGCAAGAACUUCUAUAGCAGAGAUGCAUUUAUUAGUGCUCUUAAUUCAUUUCCUCAGUUUGGUAAGAUUGGAGCAAGCGUUGAUGAUUCCAAGCGUGAGAUUGCUGCUUUUUUUGCUCAUGUUACACAUGAAACUGGACAUUUCUGCUAUAUAGAAGAGAUAGAUGGUGCAUCGAAAGACUACUGUGAUGAAUCAAACAAGCAAUAUCCAUGUGCUCAAGGUAAGAAAUAUUACGGUCGUGGACCUAUUCAACUAACAUGGAACUUCAACUAUGGUGCAGCUGGCCAAAGCCUUAAUUUUGACGGAUUAAACUCGCCGGAAAUUGUUGCAAAUGAUCCGAUCAUGUCAUUUAGGACGGCUCUUUGGUUUUGGAUGAACAAUGUUCGCCCUGUCAUAAGCCAAGGUUUCGGAGCAACCAUUAGAGCUAUCAAUGGUGCAAUUGAAUGUAAUGGCGGAAACCCUAGUUCUGUUCAAGCUCGAGUUGGAUAUUACAAUGAUUAUUGUAACCAAUUUGGUGUUACUCCAGGUGGUAAUCUUAUUUGUUAGGGUUUGGUUCUUAUUUAAUUUAUGAGACAAUUGAAUAAAAUGUUUACUCUUGCAAUUUUCUGCUCAUUGUAGUUGAUGUAUUAACUCUUUUGUUUUUUUUUUUUUUUAACCUUGUUGGAGUUCAAUAUGUAAUAGAGAAAAUGGUGUUUUGUGCUUCA